AUGCAGAGAUCACGCAGGGCGGUUCUGCGAAGAAUAGGUUCGGAAAAGAGGAGCAAUCUCGUCUACAAUGUUUCUCUCGUUCUCGUGAUCUUGCUUUGGGCGAUUCUCUUCCUUUUCAAUCUCUGGAUCAGUCAUGGCGACGUUUAUCAAGAAUGUAGAAGUAGAGCUUGGGAUGAAGAUCGCAGGCGCGUUGUUAUCCAGCUGGCGGACGAGAAUCUCUCCAGGAGUAACAAUUCCAGAGAAGGUGUGACUGAAAUGGAGACUGUUCUGAGUGAAUCUAACAGAAAUUCUGUGAUUUCUAUGGAGGAGAAAGCCGGAGAUUGGAAAUCGCAAUCGGACAGGUUUUUUAGCUCGGUCACUCUAGGGUUGGGAGAGUUCAGGAGCAAAGCGUUUGAUAGUAAAAGUGGAGAUGUAAUGACUGGUAAUCCAGGGAGCAUAGUGCAUAGGAUGGAGCCAGGUGGGGCAGAUUACAAUUAUGCCUCUGCUUCAAGAGGAGCCAAGGUCUUGGCUUACAACAAGGAAGCCAAGGGAGCUUCUAGUGUGCUGUGCAGAGAUAAGGAUGAGUACCUUAGGAACCCUUGCUCUGCCGCCGAGAAGUUUGUCGUCAUAGAACUGUCAGAAGAAACUUUAGUGGAUACAGUAGAAAUAGCAAACUUUGAGCACUACUCAUCCAAUCCAAAGGAGAUUGAGUUGCUAGGCAGUCGAGUUUACCCGGCUGAUUCGUGGGUUAAACUUGGUAGUUUUACUGCUGCAAAUGUCAAGCAUGCUCAAAGGUUUGUUCUUCCAGACCCAAAAUGGGCUAGGUAUCUGAAGCUGAACAUACUGAGCCAUUAUGGUUCCGAAUUCUAUUGUACCUUAAGCUUGCUGGAAGUUUAUGGAGUGGAUGCUGUGGAAAAGAUGCUCGAGGAGCUCGUCUCUGUUCCAGCUAAGCUGUUUAGUUCUGAUCAGAAAAGCAGUACCCACAAAUCUUCAUCCUCCCAGAAAGCCGAAGGAGAGCCUUGUCAAAAUGCAGAUGGUGAUGAUUUGCAGACAGGGCUUGCAGUUGAAACUUCUGUUGCUAAACCAGUGACAACAGUUGCAGUGUCUGACCCACCAGCCGGGGAAAUUCGCGGUUUACAUGUGAGCCGGAUGCCUGGUGACAGUGUUUACAAGAUUCUGAUGAAAAAGAUUAAGUCCCUAGAUAUAAAUCUGUCAUUUCUGGAGAGGUAUCUAGAAGAGUUGAAUUCGAGGUAUGGGAAGGUUUUCAAAGAAAUUGACAAAGACUUGGAAGAGGGAAAUUUCCUUAUGGACAAGAUCUUGUUAGAGAUGAGGGGUUUACUUGAGAGCAAGGAGACAAUAGUAUGUUCAUUUCUUGUCAUGAUUAUUCCUUGUUGUUUACUGUCAAUGUUGGCAGAAUGGCUUUCAUAUAUUCUAAUAACCAGUAUCUCUUGCAUGCAGAAUAAGGAAGUCAAUAAUCUUGUCUCUUGGAAAUCCUUUGCUUCCAUGCAGCUUGAGCAUUUAAUCAGGGACAAUGAUAAUCUCAGAAUGAAGAUGGAAGAAGUUUGGCAGAACCAGGUAUUCCUGGAGAAUAAAGGAUCAGUAGUUAUCUUUGUGGCAUGUUUAAUAUUUGGGAUCUUAGCAUUUCUAAGGCUGUUGGUUUUCCUGAGUAUUUAUAGUUCUUGGAAUUUUUCUGCCAAGGGCUUUUCCUUUUCCUGGUUUUUCCUGCUACUCAAUUGUAGCAUAACCAUUAUCAUCCUUUCCUUGUAA